GAAAGAUGUCAACCAUCUUAUCUUCUUGUUACUUCUGCGAUAAGGAUUUGCAACCCUCAAAGAAUCAUGCCUCGAACCUGACGUGGAUUGCUUUGACGAUUUGCUAGUAUUUGAUGGCUUGAUUGAUGUUUGACCUGUUGAUUAUUGAUUGCUUUUUGAUUGAUUGAUUGACUGUCGCACGUGGUCCAGGCAUCUUCUACCAUUCAUUCUUCGACGUCAUGUCAAGCCGGAUUUCCACCUCCCAUCCAUUGACGCAUCCCGUGGAUUGGAACACCGUAGCACAACCAUACAGUCCCAAGUUGCACCGCAUUAUAAUGCCAGCGAUAUCCUGAAACCGAUUGCCGUUGCAACCAGUUACCAGCACCUUUGAUUAGGUAGAGACUUGUUUUCGUUUUGUCUUGAAUGUUUGAACAUUCGUUAUUGGCUACGCUUUCUGUCAUUUGACCAUAAUUCUCACCGACUUCAAGUUUGACAAUCAAAGUUCCCCAUAUUAUAUCUACUACCGGCAAGAAGAAUUUCCUUUGCUUUUUAAAGAUCUCUUUUGCCACCCACCGCUUGCGGCUUGAAUUCUCUCAAUUUUGGACAUACUAUAUCGUUCGCUGCGGAGAUAUGGGGACAAUGCAGAGCAAUUCCUCACAAGAGGAGAAAUCGGACAAAUCGCCCGUGGUUUGUGUCUUCUGUGGCUCAUCUCCGGGGAAAAAGCCGGUCCAUCUGGAGUCGGCGCGGGCACUCGCCCACUCGUUGAGCAAAGCGGGCUACAAGCUCGUGUACGGUGGCGGAACUAUGGGCAUCAUGGGCGAAGUUUCCAAAACUAUGGUGUCACUCUCUGGUCCGGAUUCUGUUCGUGGCAUCAUACCUCGCGCUUUGAUCCGUACAGAGGUCGACACGUCCACGCGAGGUGAGACGAGUCAGACUGGCUCGAGAAAGGCCGAACGGACCAUGUCAGCCCAGGAGUUGCAGCGCAUUGAUAGCAACGAAGACCCGGAAAGCGAGAUCAUUCCUGCCAACGAAUUCGGUGCAACAACCGUUGUUCCGGAUAUGCACACGCGCAAACGCAUGAUGGCUCAGUGUGUCGAGGCUGGUGGCCCCGGUUCUGGAUUUGUUGCACUAGCCGGUGGUUAUGGAACACUCGAGGAGGUCAUGGAAAUGGUCACUUGGAAUCAACUGGGCAUACAUACGCUUCCCAUUGUCCUGGUCAACAUUGACGGUUACUGGACUGGUUUGCUAGACUGGGUCAAGAAGAGUAUUAGAGAAGGCUUCGUUGGCGAAGGAGCGGCCAGCAUUCUGGUCGAAGUCAACAGCGCGGACGACGUCGUGGACGCUUUGAGGGACUACAAGCUGGCCCCUGGUAGAUAUAAGCUGGACUGGACCAAAUAGAGCAAAAGACCACGAAUAGCAAAGAAGGUCAGAAGGAAGAAAUCGGAUGGCACCAUGAGCAGGAUGAUUUUGACUCUUCAUUGCCAUCCCAUAGAACGUCUCGACCGUGCCAUUGCGGCAGCCAUUGCGCUCCAAACGCCGUGCACCACGCACCCGGAUCCGUAGCCCCCUAUGAAUCUGUCUCCAUAGCCUCGCCGCCCGCCUCCUCGGUCGAUGUUGAUUCCAGGCUGGCCUCAAGAAGAGGUGCGAUAUCUUGUCCGUCAUACAAUUUAAA